AUGGAGUCCUCUGCCAGCCCAAUACCACCCAGGCAAGUGCCAACCCAAUACCACCCUGUGCCAGCCUGUACCAGCCCAAUACCACCCAGAGCCAACCCUGUACCAGCCCAAUACCACCCAGGCCAGUGCCAACCCAAUACCACCCUGUGCCAGCCUGUACCAGCCCAAUACCACCCAGAGCCAACCCUGUACCAGCCCAAUACCACCCAGGCCAGUGCCAACCCAAUACCACCCUGUGCCAGCCUGUACCAGCCCAAUACCACCCAGAGCCAACCCUGUACCAGCCCAAUACCACCCAGGCCAGUGCCAACCCAAUACCACCCUGUGCCAGCCUGUGCCAGCCCAAUACCACCCAGAGCCAACCCUGUACCAGCCCAAUACCACCCAGAGCCAACCCUGUACCAGCCCAAUACCACCCAGGCCAGUGCCAACCCAAUACCACCCUGUGCCAGCCUGUACCAGCCCAAUACCACCCAGAGCCAACCCUGUACCAGCCCAAUACCACCCAGGCCAGUGCCAACCCAAUACCACCCUGUGCCAGCCUGUACCAGCCCAAUACCACCCAGGCAAGUGCCAACCCAAUACCACCCUGUGCCAGCCCAACACCACCCAGAGCCAACCCUGUACCAGCCCAAUACCACCCAGGCCAGUGCCAACCCAAUACCACCCUGUGCCAGUCUGUACCAGCCCAAUACCACCCAGAGCCAACCCAGUGCCAACCAAUACCACCCAGAGCCAACCCAGUGCCAACCAAUACCACCCAGAGCCAACCCUGUACCAGCCCAAUACCACCCACGCCAGUGCCAACCCAAUACCACCCUGUGCCAGCCUGUACCAGCCCAAUACCACCCAGAGCCAACCCAGUGCCAACCAAUACCACCCAGAGCCAACCAAUACCACCCAGAGCCAACCCUGUACCAGCCCAAUACCACCCAGAGCCAACCCAAUACCACCCAGAGCCAACCAAUACCACCCAGUGCCAACCAAUACCACCCAGUGCCAGCCAAUACCACCCAGUGCCAGCAUGUACCAGCCCAAUACCACCCAGAGCCAACCCUGUACCAGCCCAAUACCACCCAGAGCCAACCCUGUACCAGCCCAAUACCACCCAGUGCCAGCCAAUACCACCCAGAGCCAACCCAGUGCCAGCCAAUACCACCCAGAGCCAACCAAUACCACCCAGAGCCAGCCAAUACCACCCAGAGCCAACCAAUACCACCCAGAGCCAACCAAUACCACCCAGAGCCAGCCAAUAUCACCCAGAGCCAACCAAUACCACCCAGAGCCAGCCAAUACCACCCAGAGCCAACCAAUACCACCCAGAGCCAGCCAAUACCACCCAGAGCCAAUCAAUACCACCCAGAGCCAACCCAAUACCACCCAGUGCCAGCCAAUACCACCCAGAGCCAACCAAUACCACCCUGUGCCAGCCCAAUACCACCCACAGCCAACCCAGUGCCAACCUGUACCAGCCCAAUACCACCCAGAGCCAACCCAAUACCAGCCUGUACCAGCCCAAUACCACCCAGUGCCAACCAAUACCACCCAGAGCCAACCAAUACCACGCUGUGCCAGCCUGUACCAGCCCAAUACCACCCAGAGCCAGCCCAAUACCACCCACAGCCAACCCAGUGCCAGCCAAUACCACCCUGUGCACGCCCAAUACCACCCAGAGCCAGCCUGUACUAG